AUGGAUGGGGAGAGAGAGCAGCAACAAGUAGCAUCUGAAGCAAUAUUAGAGAAUGUUUGGGCAAACUUUAUAGCCAAAGGUGAGGCGGAAGGAAAUGGAAAAGAAAAUUGGGAACAACUUCCAAACCUUGAUGGUGGAGAUGUUUCAUCAAUGGAGAAAGUUCUGCUGCAGAGGUUGCCAAGUCUUGGAAGGUGGAUAUCAAUGGGGGCCGAGGCAUGGGAACAACUCCUUGAUGGAAUAGUUGUUCCCUGUAACGAUAAUAAGCUUGUUUCUAAUAUGGUAUCAGAGCAUGAUUUUAAGCAUCAUGAAGAAUUGUCGUCUUGUUCCUCAUCAACAUGCAAUGGUGAAUUGGAAAAGAGAGUUGAGAAGAAGGUGGUGGAGAAACAUUACAGAGGGGUGAGGAGAAGGCCGUGGGGGAAAUACGGGGCGGAGAUAAGAGACUCAUCAAGAAAAGGAGCUAGGGUUUGGCUUGGGACAUUUGACACGGCCAAGGAUGCAGCCAUGGCUUAUGACAAAGCUGCUUUGAGAAUACGAGGCCCCAAGGCACAUUUGAACUUCCCAUUUAAAACGGUGACUAAAGCCUUAGAGAUUUCUUGUCUUCCUGAAAUAAAUAAUGAUUCACAAGGUUCUUAUCAUGAACAUGGUGAGAUAACUUGCAAUCCAAAGUAAAGGGCUUGCAGGAAAUGGGAGGGAUUUGAAAAUUUAUGCAUGAAGACUCGAACUCCCCAAAAAAGAUUAGUA